CUGGACCCUUGGCCUUGUCCUAGCCUAGAGGUACCGGGCGUUGGCGUUCCUGCGGAUGCGGAACACUGGUCCCCAAAUGAUUACUUUUAUGAGUCGUGGAUAUCCUCACGCUGUCAUUUCAGGCCAACACAGUCGACUCACAAGGUGUACGUCAACCUCUCCAGUCCAGCGUGUUGCAACGUCUCACCGGAACUUACUUAGUUUGCCCAAAAGCAAGACCUAGUCUACAGGUCUGCUACAAACCAAUGGCCACCGCCGCCUGUGAGGAUGGCAAAGAGUGUCGUCCGGAUGCAAAGGCCGACAGAGUGAUUGUGGUGGCUGGCAAGACGGGUAAUGGCAAGUCGGCCAUGUGUAAUGUUGCCGCGGGUCGCUAUGACGGUAGUUUGUUCCCUGAGUCCAACGGGCCGGCGAGUCACACGCAGGGUAUCACCAGCCACAGCGUCAAGGUCGCGUACGGAGGCCAGGAUUACGUGUUGAAAAUCGUCGACACCAUCGGCUUCGCAGACAACCGUUUCAGCAACGAGCAGGUGCUGCGUCUCCAAGCCGAACUGGGCAAUGUCUGCAGUGAAGGCAUCCACCAAGUUCUCUUCGUCACCAAAGGCAGAUUCACCAGCGAGGACAAAGACAGCCUGAAUUCGUUGAUGGACGUAGUCUUUCAGCCGGACGUUGCCAAGUUCUGCACAGUGAUUCGAACGUGGACACCUGCAUCAGAGCUGGCUGAUGGCUCGGUAACUGCGAAAACCGACGCAUACAAACAAGAAGUGAUCAGAGCUCAUUUUCGUGUCAACGAGAUCAGCACGUUUCUGAUGGUGAGCAAUCCAGACGACGGUAGCCCAGCCAGCAUUCAAAUGCGUCAGAGGUCGCGACAGAAACUCACGGAGCAUAUCAUUCUCCACUAUAGGAGCCGGUACACACCACCUACGUUCGCCACCAUCACGGCCCGGAUUGAUCAGCGAAUUAGCUCGGCCAAAGCAAAGCAGGACGUCGCGAAGAAGCUGACAGAGCAGCUGAAAACAAAAUCCGAAAUCGACGAGCGUCAGCGACGGGACGCGGAGGCCAGGAACAAAGAGCUGGCAGAAAAGAAUGCUGCAGUGGCAAAGAAGGUGGAAGCAGCCAAAGCGCAGCAGAAGCCUCCGUCACGACCCGUGCUAGCCGCAGCAUCCAUGCCCAUAGUGAAAAAGGUGCCGGUCGUCAAGAAGCUAAAAAUCAAGAAGCUAAAAUUCUGAAUGUGACAUUCAAGAAUCCCUGGACAUGAAUGAAGGAAGCAUAUCAGCGUAGAACCUGUGUGAGUAGUAGGAGUAGGACUACAGAUCCCUUAUUCUCACGUACAUCUAUUACUACUAAUACUAGCUAGAACUUAUCCAUGACCUUUAGGCUUUAGCUCAAUAUCGUAUCUUUACCGUUUUUUCCAGUCAGCCAUUACUAUGGUUUAUAACUAGGGGUGAAACAAUUAUACCGAGUACUCGAGUACUCGCUCGGUUUUUUCAAAAAUAAUCGUACUCGGAAUAAAUCAGAGUACUCGUUCAUACAUGGUACAUGCAUUUACUACAGAAAUCUGCAGUUUCAGGGCAGCAGUCGGCAGAUGGUGAUGUGCAGGCUGUGUGGUGAACAUUUGUUCACGAGUAGAGAGAGCCCAAAUGACCCACCAACCGAUAUACCCGAGAAAAAUUACUGCUACUCGGUUCAAUCAGGGUUGUAUCAUGUUAUUUUAAAGCCCUUGGUGUGCAAUUUUUAGGAGAUGAAAAAUACUCAAAUACUCGAAUAUUCGAUCGGAGAAAAUCAGAGUACUCGAACUCGGGAUCUCAGUGCCAACUUUCACCCCUAUUUAUAACCUUUUGGCAACACAUGAUGUACAUUGCCCUCAUUGCCUGCUUGUGAAGCGACUCAUCAACAUGCCACAACAAUGGCAGCAUACUCUCUGUUUUCUUUCCACGCGUUUGCUGUGCAGUGAAGCGGAGGCCUAGGUCGGUGGAGCACAUCAGACCACGUCCAGGAUUCA